AUGGUCAAGUGCCCUCAUACCUCGCUGUAUAUCGACUGCAGCCCUGCAGCCCAAGAUGCAGGCUUCACAAGACCGAACAUACAAAAAAGAAUUUUGGCAGUCUCACAAAAUGGCAGACGCAGCAGAGGCGUCCCCGUGCUUCAAGAAGAGGCUAUAAAGGACCCGUGGACGUUCCCAGGCCCUCUAGUACUUCCGGACGAUGACCUAGCUAUGGAUCCUGAUGAUGAAGGUCAUCCGUUCAAGGAAUGGUGCGAAAGGGUGUCAAAAGAUGAGAGAAACGAAGUCACGACGCGAAAGAAGACUAUCUACGUCAUUCUACCGCCUGUUAUCCCCAGUGAGAUGGAAGAGACGAUGAAGGAUUGGCAUAAACCCGCCCUGCCCAGAUCUGCUGCUCCGGGCUUGGAUAAAUGGACUUCUGCAUCGCCUCAAGUUAGCGAUCUGCUUAGCUACCUUCGCGCUUUCUAUCAUCCCAUGGAGGUUAUCCAAUCCCCUUUGACAUUUACAUGGCGUCCUUGGGAAGAGCCCCCAAAAGCAAAAUCAAGAUCCAAAAAUGCAUCCAAAGCAACAAAUAUAGGACUCGAAACUCCCGGAGAGCCAGAGGUAUACGGCGUUAGAUGUCGGCCAUCUUUGGACGGUCAUGCAAGGAUGCAGCUCCAGCUAGGAGACGUCACAGAUGCUCUCCUGUCGAGGAUGCCCAAAGACGCUUAUGCUGUGGUAAUGCUCGCCGACUUCGACUUAUACGAGGAUGAAGAUGACGAUUUCACCGGCGGGCGGUCUUGGGGCGGUAGUAGAGUUUCCAUCGUUUCUUCAUUCCGCUACAACCCAGCACUGGAUGCAGCCGCCGAUGUUGACCGAGCUCACAUGUGGCCCAAUUCUCACUGCAAAGCCUUUGUCGACAAAAAAUGUAGAGCGGCCAGCGGGGAGGAACCUGCAACAAAGAGAACAAAGAAGUCAGACAACGAAGCCUACGGAAAACCACCAACUGACUCUGCACUCGGCGCCGCAGUCCAAGCAGCAAGGAAAGUCCCGAAACUCACCACCCGGGAUGAACUAGCCAGCUACUGGUUCGCGCGUCUCGCAGUGACAGUUUCGCACGAGCUGGGCCACUGUUUCGGCUUCGCCCACUGUCCAUACUACGCAUGCUUAAUGCAGGGCGUCAACAGCGUUAAACAGGAUGGCCAAGUCCCGCCUUAUCUCUGUCCCAUCUGUUCAGCCAAGUUGGCGUGGGAGCUGGGUCCGUUGCUACCUGUCCAUGGAGAUCGGGCUGAGAAGCAGAAGGUCUGGGUGAGAGAGCAGGGUAUGGCUAUGAAGAGGUUCUGCGAGGAAUGGAAGCAUGUUCCUCAGUUCGCGGGCUUUGAAGCUUGGCUUGGGAAGAGAUUGGAGCAGAUUGAGAAAGAAGAGGCUGAGAAGGAAUAG